AUUACAAUAAUUGAAAUUGAAGAAAAUUCUAACUAACACAAAGCUGUCAGAAAACUGACUGAUCUUUGAUCCCCCCCCCCCCCCCUCUCAAUCCUGUACAUACAUACAUACAUAUUAUAUAUACACACACCCCCACAGCCACACUCUCAAGAAUCAAGAUCACACAAACCCACUUCAAUAAAAAAAAAAGUAAUCUUUUUGAUGGUGGAACCCAUGGAGCUUCCGACCCGAAUUGGGAUUCUUCCAUUCAGGAACAAAGUGUUGUUACCUGGAGCAAUUAUUCGGAUUCAAUGCACUUCUCCAAGCAGUGUGAAAUUGGUGGAACAAGAACUGUGGCAGAGGGAGGAGAAAGGAUUGAUUGGUAUUUUGCCGGUUCGAGAUGCUGCAGAAGCAAUGGCAGUUGGUUCUGUGGUCACACAAGGGGUUGAUUCAGGUGAUAAAAUCUCCAAGAAUCAAGCAUCGGAAUCUAACAAAGUUGACGGGAAAAGUCAACAUGAGCCCUUGUAUUGGCAUACAAGAGGAGUUGCUGCGCGUGCAUUACAUUUAUCACGAGGAGUUGAGAAACCGAGCGGGAGAGUAACAUACAUAGUUGUUCUAGAAGGUUUGAGCCGAUUUAACGUUCAGGAGCUCAACACAAGAGGCACAUACACCACUGCAAGAAUUUCCCCUAUCGACAUGACCAAAUCCGAGAUGGAGCAAAUAGAACAAGAUGCGGACUACAUCGCGUUGUCGCGUCAGUUUAAACUAACCGCCAUGGAGCUUAUUACCGUUCUUGAGCAGAAACAAAAAACCGGGGGUAGAACUAAAGUUCUUCUCGAGACCGUUCCCGUGCACAAACUGGCCGAUAUAUUCGUCGCUAGUUUCGAGAUUAGCUUUGAAGAGCAACUGUCUAUGCUAGAUUCUGUUGAUUUAAAAGUACGGCUUUCGAAAGCCACGGAAUUAGUUGAUCGGCAUUUACAGUCUAUUCGUGUGGCGGAAAAAAUUACGCAAAAGGUGGAAGGGCAGCUGUCUAAAUCACAAAAGGAAUAUCUUCUACGCCAGCAGAUGAGGGCUAUUAAAGAAGAGCUUGGUGACAACGAUGAUGAAGAUGAUGAUGUGGCAGCCCUUGAAAGAAAGAUGCAAGAUGCCGGAAUGCCUCCAAAUAUCUGGAAGCAUGCACAAAGGGAAUUAAGGAGACUGAAAAAAAUGCAACCGCAGCAACCCGGGUAUAAUAGCUCUCGUGUUUACCUUGAGCUUCUUGCCGAUUUGCCAUGGCAGACAACCAGUGAAGAAGUUGAGUUAGACCUAAAAGCCGCAAAAGAGCGGCUUGACAGUGAUCACUAUGGCUUAGUCAAAGUCAAACAAAGGAUUAUUGAAUAUUUAGCCGUCCGCAAGCUGAAACCAGAUGCCAGAAGCCCUGUAUUAUGCUUCGUGGGUCCGCCGGGUGUCGGGAAAACAUCUUUGGCGUCGUCUAUAGCUGCCGCACUGGGUAGAAAGUUCAUACGGAUAUCCCUUGGUGGUGUGAAGGAUGAGGCUGACAUUAGAGGGCAUCGGAGGACAUACAUUGGAAGUAUGCCCGGGCGCCUUAUUGAUGGACUAAAGAAAGUAGCUGUUUGCAACCCCGUUAUGUUGCUGGACGAGAUUGAUAAGACGGGAUCUGAUGUUCGCGGUGACCCUGCAUCAGCAUUGCUUGAGGUUCUCGACCCCGAACAAAACAAAACAUUCAAUGAUCACUAUUUAAAUGUUCCGUUUGAUCUAUCAAAAGUGAUAUUUGUGGCCACUGCAAAUAGAGCACAACCAAUUCCGCCGCCGCUCUUAGAUCGAAUGGAAGUCAUCGAGCUUCCGGGGUAUACGUCUGAAGAGAAGCUUAGAAUCGCGAUGCGCCAUCUAAUUCCACGAGUUCUUAAUCAGCAUGGCUUAAAUUCUGAUUUCCUUCAAUUUCCCGAGGCAAUGGUGAAACUUGUUAUUGAGCAAUACACGAGAGAAGCUGGUGUGAGGAAUCUGGAGAGAAAGCUAGCGGCUUUAGCUCGUGCAGCAGCGGUAGCAGUGGCGGAGCAAGAGCAUAAUGGUCUUCCGCUUAACCACCCGAUUUCUUCACCGUUAUUGGAAAGUAGAAUUUCCGCUACAGGGGGAGGAGGAGGAGGUGAAGUGGAGAUGGAAGUCAUACCGAUGGGUGUUAACAAUCAUGAAAUAUCAAAUGUAUUUAGGAUUAUGUCUCCAUUGAUUGUCGAUGAAGAAAUGCUCGAAAAAGUACUAGGGCCUCCAAAGUAUGACGACAAUGAAGCGGCUGAGCGGGUAGUGACUCCCGGAGUUUCUGUUGGGCUCGUUUGGACCGUGUUUGGCGGAGAAGUCCAGUUUGUGGAGGCUACGGCAACACCGGGAAAAGGGGAUCUACACCUCACCGGGCAACUGGGUGAUGUCAUCAAAGAAUCAGCCCAGAUAGCACUCACAUGGGUAAGAGCUAGGGCAAGUGAACUUAAUUUGGCGGUUGUGGAAGAAAGUAAUCUUCUAGAAGGAAGGGAUGUUCAUAUACAUUUUCCAGCAGGGGCGGUGCCGAAAGAUGGACCGUCAGCGGGUGUGACACUUGUCACGUCGCUUGUUUCUCUUUUCAGUCGCAGAAGGGUCAGAUCAGAUACAGCAAUGACAGGAGAGAUGACGUUGCGCGGUUUGGUUUUACCCGUUGGGGGUAUCAAAGAUAAGGUGCUGGCUGCGCACCGGUAUGGGCUUAAGAGAGUUAUCCUACCCGAGAGAAAUUUGAAAGAUUUGGCUGAAGUUCCUUCAGCUGUUCUUGCAAGUUUGGAGAUACUACCUGCUAAGAGAAUGGAGGAUGUACUUGAACAAGCUUUUGAAGGUGGCUGCCCCUUGAAACAGCAUUCAAAGUUAUAGAAACUGAUCUAACAUACAAAUUGAGCGAGCAAAUUUGUUAUCUUCGGACUGGUUAACUCCUAGACUCGGAAGCAACGGUCCCACAUGACAAUUAUUCCACGUUUUCUUUUUCGGCAAAAUGUAUCCUUGAACUCUCCUCAAGCUCAUCACGCGCAACAUGACGAUUAUUAAUUAUUUUCUGUGUUUUCUUUUUCAACAAAGUGUAUCAUUUUCUGAAUGUGUAACGAUAACUUUUCUUUUUAAUCAGAAAGUGUUUAAAUCUC